AUGCCGGCUGCUCUUCCCCCGCAACAUGAAAGGCCAAAGAAAACAAAGUGCAGAAGCAUUCACGAGGCUGUCAAAACUGGGAACAUAAAACAACUGAGUGAUAUGGUGGCCUUUGGCAUCAGCAUUAAUGAGGUGGAUCCAGUCUAUAAGUUUACACCUUUGCACUGGGCAGCCCAUUCUGGAAGCCUGGAGUGCCUUCACUGGCUUCUUUGGCAUGGAGCUGAUCAGACCGCAGUGACAGUGCGAGGAUGGACAGGACCUCAUUUGGCUGCGAUUAGAGGCCAAGAUGCCUGCAUGCAGGCCCUCCAUCUCAACUGUGUAAAUCUAGGAACUCCAGAUGACCUAGGGUGUACCCCGGCACACCUUGCAGCAACUCACGGACACUCAUUCACUUUACAAACCAUACUCCGGAGUGGGGUGGAUGUCAACGCUUCUGAUAGGAAUGACUGGAAACCUAUACACAAUGCUGCUUUUUAUGGCCGGCUCGGCUGCCUCCAGCUUCUUGUAAGGUGGGGAGCUACUUUAGAUGAUGCAGAUAAAGAUGGAAAUCUUCCAGUUCAUCUGGCAGCCAUGGAAGGUCACCUGCACUGCUUUAAGUAUUUGGUGAGCAAAAUGCCCACAUUGGUCCACUCCUUGAAAGCCCGGAAUGACCAUGGUGAGACUCCAAGGGAUCUGGCCGAGAGGUUCUACAAGGAAACCAUCCUUGUAUACAUUGACAGUCUACAGGAGGAGGCAGAUCCAUUGGACAAAGAAGAAAAUUUAAGCUUUCCAGGCCAUGAUGCUGCCUUCAGAGGGGACCUGGACACCUUAAGAAUGCUACUGGAAAAUAAAAUCAUCAAUAUUAAUGAGCGGGAUGAUCAGGGAUCCACCCUCCUGCACAGAGCGGCUGGACAAGGUCAUUUACAUAUCUUAGAAUGGCUGAUCAACAGGGAAGCCAAUUGUGAUAUUGCCAAUGAUGGUGGAGAAACCCCAAAAGAUGUUGCAAAGAGGUUUGCCCAGCUGGCUGUUGUGGAAUAUCUAAGAAACAAGAUGGGAAAUGACUCAGAUGAGGAACUUGAUGUAAAAGAUCCAAAGUUCUUUGAAAGUCAUGGUGUGGAAGGGAGUACAGAUGACAAGGGGGAUCUGAAUGCAGACAAACAAGACAAAAUUGAAUCCCGUGAAAGAGCCUAUCGAAAAGUGGAAGAGUUGCAAAGUCUUCUAGACAUGGCCAUCAGCAACUUCAAGCAGCUUGGAGGAAUCACUCCGCAGGAAAGGCAGACCAAACUGGAAGAGAAAAGGCUCAGAAGAUCCAUCUCUGAGCUGAACGUGCAGCUGGAAUAUGAGCGGAUACGACGGGAGAAGCUAGAAGCUCAACUGGACGAGGCCCGAGCAGAAAUAGGAAAACUCAAAGAGCUACAAGAAAAAAACGAGAUGGCUCCGACCCGUAAGGUCUCUGGGGAGGCGUUGGAUUCCCUUAAAGGAGAGUCUGACUCAGACAAAGCGGCCUCCGACUUGCAUAAAGUGUCUUUUGACACCAGGAAGGAGAAGAAGAAAUUGAAGAAAAGGCCUCUCUUUAGCCCCGGUGGAGUGUUUGUAAGAAGAUUCUAAGAAAAGCGAGUAGCAAGUAGAGGAGCAUCUUACUCAAUGGACUUUAUAGGGAAAAUUAAGUUCAGUCGACUUCUCAGACAAUUCUCAGCACAAAGGAAUGUCAACUAACAAUGCCAUAUCCUUAGCUAAAAAAGCACGUCCUUUUUUGAUGUCAUAAAUAUAUUGCCUUGCAAGAAUCUGGACUUGAAGGGAAAAAGGUAAUUUGGAGUACCACGUGCCCACCUGUUGGAACUCAAGUUACAUCUUUCCCUGGGUUUGCGUGGUUUUUGAUUUAAGGAGGCAUUCACAGGUUUAAGGCCUGUGGCCCCAUAGCCUCCAAAUCACCUUCCUCCUUCAAAUCCAGAUUAUUUUAUACAGAUUAUUGAACAUCAUUUUUGUGCAACCUUGUAGAUGUGAAACACUGCAGCUCUCAGAGUGAAAUUCUAGCAAUUUUGGGGAUCAUGGUUUUAACCCAUCUUGAGGAUCCAAAAUUGGGAAAGGCUGCCCCUGAACCAGGUUGCCAUUACAGAAGAGGGUUUUGAAGUGGACUGCCAAUUAUGAUACACUAGCACUUCAUUAAAGACUUUAAUUUUUUUUUUUUUAAAUCUCUAAUGCUAACUUGCUUCUCUGCCAAGGUUCAAUACCAUUUCUGCUGUAUGAUGAAGACACGAGUAAACUGAAAAGUUUAACAUGACUAAUGCAUCUGUCUUAUUUUAUAUCAGCAAGUACAAGAACCCCAGCAGAGAUGGUUGAAAAAGCAAGAUUCCUUUGGUUAUACAUGGUAAAACUGUUCUUUUAAAAAAGGGGAAAGGAAAAAAAAGGUUUAUGAAUAUAAACUAUGGCAAUAAGAGAUGGGGAAAACAAGGGAUCUUCAAAAGAGAAAAGCAAAGUGUAAUGAUAAUAGUAGGUUGAGAUAGCAAUGCUUUUUUGAGGAGCUAUGCAAGUUCUGGUGCUCAGAGGUGCGGAAUGACAGUAUGUAUGGUGUCUAUAUAUUCUUUAAGACCUAGAGUUCUAAAAACUCUACCAUUCUGGUGUCCAGAAUGGUAUAUAUAGUCCACCUUCUAUUAAGGUCUCAGAGUAGAAAGGUAUGGAUGUCAUGUUAUGUCAUGUCCUUAUGUACAGAAGACCAGGUGACUCAAUGCUAUCACUGAUGACAUAAGCAGGGGCUUACAAGAACCCAAAGAAACAGUUGUUGAAGGCAAUCCUGGUGAAGUGAGGUCUGUUGGGUCACAAAGUAUAGGAAGGAACUGAAUGACUGAGCAACUCUGGUAUAAUUGUAGCCAAGCAGAAAAUUCAGAGAACCCUAAUAUUAAAACAAGGCAUUCACUGAAAAGAAUCUGUUAGAAACAUUCAGCAGCAGGAAUUGUUUCUGAAGAAGUCCAGCUCCUUGUGCUUUGGGGCCACUUUCCUAACCCACCUCCCUUCAACAUGUCAGACUAAGAAUUCAGGUAUUUCUCCAGUGUCUGGAAAGCACAAGAUGAAGCAGGACCGCUUGGUUUAACUAGUCCGGUUCUAUCAUGUUGGGCAAAUUCAACCUCCAUGUGGCUCAUUUACUGUUGGGAGAAGGCAGGGGUGUCGAAAAUGCAGCACAUUAGCAGACCUUUUUGGCCCCCCCCCCAGCGAUGGAGCCAUAACUUUGGAACCUUUCUGCAUUUUGGGGGGCAUUAACCAUGGCUGCCAGGAAAUUUAGCACGUUCCUUGAACCAGCAAAACUUGUGCGAAUCCGACUACUAAGUGACGGCGGUUUAUACACCACAGUUUUAGUGUGAACCCAGUUAAUCAAGGCUUAUUCAAUAAAAUACGGCUAACGAGCUAGAGUGCCAUGUUCGUCUGUAAGCGGGUCAGGGUGUGAAACCCAACCGUGUUGUACUGGCAGAUGUAUGACUUCCCCAAAACAACCACUGGGCUAAGGCAAAUCCAAUCAAUCCUGGCCAAAAGAAGAAAUCUAGCAAGAACGCCACAGGUUAAGAAAUACGCUCAGUGGUAACUUCCACUGGAUCAUCACAGAAGAGAGUUCAAGACUGCGGCAGUCCAAAAUUGCUCUGGCAUUCCUUCUUCAUUACAAACAGUGCUAAGC